AUGAGGAUUCUUUAUGCUGAGUGCAGAGAAGACUUUGUUGAAUUUUUAUUCACUUUUCUUGCCAUACCGCUUGAGUUUGCUUGGGAACUUUCUAUUGACAAAGUCAAUAUGGGCUGUGUUGGAAAUCUUUGCAGAAGUGUGAAAGAUCUGAGCUUUGAGAAGACGAAAGAAGCCACAUUCUCCAAAUGUGUGCUUCCUUCUCAUUAUAAUUUCAGGGCACAACUUCUUGAUAUUGUUGUCCAGGAAGGAAGUUCCAAAUAUGAAUGUUUAAUACCCGCCAGUGGUUUACGUUCAGAAUGCAUAUUUUCCAGAAAGAUUAGUAAGAAAUUGCUUUCAAAGGGUGGAAGGAUUGUGAAGUUCUCUCCUAUGCAUUCGAACACAUCAAGUUAUGGUGGGGUUGGAUUUGUGAAGGGAGAAAGGAAUUUCAUAGUGUCAUACUUUUCUUGCAGGCCGUUAGUUUGCUGA